CGUCUCUGGGAUGCGCAGGGAAAACAGAUCAGAGCGCAUCGGCAGGCGAGUGGGAUGAGGAACCAGCCAUAGGGGGACAACGCCAGGAAGCCGAGCGAACGGUCCCGGGGCGCAGCCUUGUAGCGGCAUCCCUCAAGAAGCCCUGUUUCCCUGCACCCAACAUGGCUCUAAAGACCCCCCAGGGAUCUGCGCUGAACUCCCCAGAGCAAGGGGAUGUCUCCGUAGUCCUUGUGGGAAAAUCCGGGGUAGGAAAAUCGGCCCUCCUCAAUGCCUUGCGUGGGAUGACCGAAAAUGAUGUCGGAUGUGCCCCGUUGGAGGCCCCGCCUAAAUCCGGGGGGCCUGUCAUGUACCCCGACCCAUCCCACCCCAAUUUACUGAUAUGGGAACUAGCUCUGGAUUGUGAGGGACAGGCCGACCGGUGGCUGAAGGAGGCUGACGUUUUUGUCGUGGUGACAGAUGGCAAGUUUGACGAGACUCAUGCCCACCUGGCCGGGGAGGCCCGGGCGGCUGGCAAGAAGGUCUAUUUUGCCCGCACCAAGGCCGAUUUGGAUCUUCAUACCCUCAAGCGGUUGAUGGGGGAGCGCUACAACCGACCCGAGGCCCUGCAGGCCCUGCGGGGUGUCUGUGCUGAGUCGCUGGGGGCCCAUGGUCUCGGGGAGCCCUUUGUCUUCCUGAUCUCUGCUUUUGAACCCUACGCCCUGGACUGCCCCCAGCUGCGAAAAGUGUUGCUGGAGGACGUCCACACAUAUGAGAGGGUCCUAAAGCCUACUCGCUUGGACUACGAGGUAAUCAGCGAGCAGGAGAUUGCAGAGAUCCAGGAGGCCUAUGAGCUGGGAGGUCUCUCGGAAGUGGUGACCCGCAUUCAGUGUAGCCUGGAGACUCUCUGGAAUGCCCAACUUGACAUUGGCGUCACAGGGGAGUCGGGCGCUGGGAAAUCCACCUUUGUCAACGCCUUGAGGGGUGUGGGCGAUGAGGAGGAGGGAGCCGCGGAGACGGGGGUGACGGAGACCACAGCCCAGCCUACGCCAUAUCCUUACCCCGGCCACCCCAAUGUCAUCCUGUGGGAUCUCCCUGGCAUUGGCACGCCCAACUUCCAGGCCGAAAGCUACCUAGAAGCGGUGGAGUUUUCUCGCUACGACUUCUUCAUCAUCCUGGCCUCGGAGAGGUUUAAGGAGAACCACGUCCGUUUGGCCAAGGCCAUUGUCAAAGAAGGCAAGCGGUUCUAUUUUGUGCGCACCAAGCUGGACAACGACCUGGAGUCCAUGAAGAGGCGGAAGAACCCUCCAACUGAAGAGGAAGUCCUGGAGGAGAUCCGGACUGACUGCCGGGAGAAGCUCGCCAAGGCCGGGCUGGCAGACACCAAGGUUUUCUUGCUCAGCAGCUUUGAGAUUGACAAGUUUGACUUCCAAGUCUUCGAGGAAACCCUGGAGCAAGAACUUCCGAGCCACAAGCGCCACGCCUUCCUGCUGUCGCUGCCCAAUGUCUCCUCGGUCAUCAUUGACAAGAAGAGGCAGCUCCUUCACCAGGAGGUUUGGAAGGUAGCUCUGAUCUCCAGCUUGGUGGCCGCCGUCCCUUUGCCGGGCCUGGCCUUCACCUGUGAUGUCUCCAUUUUGCUGAGGAAGCUGUCCACCUACCGGCAGGACUUUGGCCUCGACGCAGCGUCCUUGACCCGUCUGGCCGAGCGGUCGGGGAAACCGCUGGAGGUCCUGAGGGCCGAAGUCCACAGCACUCUAGGCCGGAGCAUCAACAGGGAUGUGGUCAUUGGGUUGCUGGGGAAGGCCACCGGGACAGGCUUGGUGGUGGCCAAUUUCUUCAUCCACCGGAUCCCGAUUUACGGAGCCCUGGCUUCCGGCGGGAUUUCCUUCCACACCACUUACUACAUGUUGAGCCAGUGCUUGGAAGAGCUGGCCAAUGACUCCCAAAGGGUCCUCAUGAAGGCCUUUGAAAGCGAAGUCUGAGGCAGCUGGAGUAAGGCGGCAGUCCCUAGGCGCCUCUGUGACUCUUCCUCAGAUGCCUUAGCACUGUUAUGUUCCUGCUUUAGCUUCAUCUACUUGUUGAUGUUUAUGGAGUCAUGGGACCAUGAUCUUGUUUUGGAACCUGGUUUUGACGAAUGGGAGUUGCAUGAGGCCGCCAUCCCCCAUUGAAUGAGAGCAAGAUUUAGACGAGCAAUUUCUCUGCAAUGACCCAGAAGGCUCCACAGUUCCCUGUUACUCAGGGGUGGCCAACCCUUCCAAAUGUUGCUGAACCCAUCAUGCAUGUAAGCCAGGGUUUCCCAAACUUGGGCCUCCUGCUGUUUUUGGACGACAACACCCAUCAUCCCUUGCCAGCAGGACCAGUGGUCAGGCAUAAUGGGAAUUGUAGUCCAACACUGCUGGAGACCCCGGUUUGGGAAACCCUGGUGUAAGCCAUGCUGACUUGGGCUGAUGGGAGCUGUAACCCAACAGAUGGAAGGCAAUUGGUUCCCCGUACUGUUUUAUGAUAAUGUUACAUGACUAACCUGUGGCCUUCUGGAUGCUGCUGAACCACAUCUCCCAUCUUCCCUUUCUAUUGGCCAUGUUGACUUGGGGUGAUGGAAGUUGUAGUCCUUUAACACUGUAGUCCGUCAACAUCUGGAGGACCAAAGACUUGUCUGUUCUGUGCCGUUAAGCAUUCAGUGGCAGGUUUAGUAACAGAUGUGGUAGCUUCAGCUUUUGGAAACCGGAGCUCACUUUGCCUCAGAUAUAUGACAUAAUUUGGAAUGUUUCCUAGAGAUAUGUCCAUGGACAUGGUGGAGAAGGGUGUGUAGGAAAUGAAACUAAUGUAUUAUCAAACUUUCUACACCAUCUCAUGCAGCUGAUGGAAUCGGACUCUGGCCCUCACAUGCUUUUUUCCUGGCCACAAUAAAACGUGUUAAGUUCUGUGAUGCUGCUAUGUUUUUAGCUAUUCUUACUUUUGUCUGUAAGCUGCCUUGAGUCCCCAUCAGAGAAGAAGGUGGGGUGUAAAUAAACAUACAACAAAAAAGA